AUGAGUUUCGCCACUCUUCUCACUACCACGCGGUACAUAUCGCCUAUUCCCCAUAACAUCAGAAUCGCCAACACAAAGUCUGACAUUGUCCAAAUCGAGAUGGAGACACCCUCAACCGCCUCCGCUGAAAAUGGUGGAUACUAUAUGAGAAAUAAAGAAGGGGAGGUUGUGGCCGUCGCUUCCGAUCGAUUAUGUUCAGUUCUGGACGAUUCCCACGUGUCGCUCAAUUUUCAUCUGAAACGGGAUGGCGAGCACGAAGAGGCCAAGGGAGUUUUGGAGGCUGGAAUUGAUGCGGAUAAGCUUGUUAGGGAGGCGAAUGAUGAUAUUCGUGCUGGAUCGUGUGUUAUGGAUCCCGAGAAUGGUGAGGAUUGUGAAGACGAUGAGGACGAUGAUGAGGAGAAUGGUUAUCUCAUGGAUGAGGCGGAGAUUGAGCAGCAUGAGCUUUAG